AUUCCUACCAAGAAAAAGCAGCAGAUGAAAGAAAAGGGGGAAAAAACCCAAAAAUAAAAAUAAAAAAUAGAAAUCCUAGAGCACCACACAACCAUAAAUGUGUGUUUGAACCAAAAAAGGAUAAGUUCCUCUUCUGUUAGUUUGUUCAGAAACUAAGAAGGUUUUAAUAUCAAAGUGUUAAGCAGCUUCUUGAAAAGUACAUCACAUAUAUAUAUAAAUGGGGAGAGGGAAAGUGGAAUUGAAGAGAAUUGAGAACAAGAUAAACAGACAGGUGACUUUUGCCAAAAGAAGAAAUGGUUUGCUCAAGAAAGCUUAUGAGCUCUCUAUUCUCUGUGAUGCUGAGGUUGCUCUCAUCAUCUUCUCCAGCAAAGGCAAGCUCUAUGAGUUCUGCAGCUCUUCUAGCAUGACCAAGACACUUGAGAGAUAUCACAAAAGCAGCUAUGGUCUAAUUGAAGCUCAACAAUCUCCCGAUGAUGAACAGAGUAGCUACUUGGAGUGCUUAAAGCUCAAGUCAAGAGUUGAGGUUCUACAACAAUCUCAAAGGCAUCUCUUGGGGGAAGACUUGGGAAAGUUUGGGGUAAGGGAACUCGAUCAACUCGAAUGUGUAUUGGAUACAUCUUUGAAACGAAUAAGAUCAAAACAGAGCCAACACAUGUUCGAGCAGCUUUCCGGUCUUCAAAGAAAGGAAAAAGAUCUGAUGGAUAUUAAUAGAGCUCUCCAGAAAAAGCUGGAAGAAGGCAGUGGUUCGUCACAAUUAUGGGGCGAGGCCAACGGCAACCAAGCUUCACCCUACCGGCUGCAGCCCAGUCGGCCUUUCGUGUUUUUCGAGCCUCUUGUUGGCAGCAACUCAAGGCAAAUUAGGAACAACUCUCAGUUGGUGCAAAAUAAUGCGGAGGGUUCGGCACAGAAUGUGAACGCGAUUUUGCCUGCAUGGAUGCAGUGAAUUUCUCAACAAAUAUACAAAUCCGCGUUGAAAAAUGCAACCAACAUAAAACUAAAGGUUUUCGUUUUUUGGUAGUGGGGGUUUAAAUAAAGUUAUGGGGUAUGGUAAUUUAUUGGACGACCUACCUCACGUAUGGAAGACAAUGUGGAUGUAUGAUAUAAUACGAUAUGAUGCAUGUCUAAAAACAAUACUAUGAUAUGAUAUAAUUGUUGUUGUUAUA